AUGAAAGUCACGGGUAUGCUCCUCGCUCUUGCAGCGUCUGCUUCGGCCAUCGAGCCACAGCGUCGUGAUACCGCAACAGCAGCAACAGCAACAAGCACCGAAGAUCCCAGCAGUUUCAACAUUGGACAAAUCUCCAGCGCACUUGCAAAUCUCCAAAUGAACACCACAGCCAGCGCCAACUUCGGCAACAUCUCCCCACCCCCCAAAUCGCUCAUCCCCGAAAUCCUCUCCGUCGUCCCCGUAACCGUCCUCUGGGAACUGAUCAACGCCCAAUCCCGCAGCUCCCUCGCCAGCGCGUUCAGUGCCGGCAGUACCCCGGCCUGGUACAGCAGUCUCCCCGCGGACGUGAAGAGUUAUAUGUCCGUGGUGAAAUCGCAGAUUUCUGGCGGUGCAUUGACGGCUACGACGGGGUUGGCUUACGAGACUACCGCUACUACUACUACUGCUACUACGGCAAGCACUGGUACAGGCACGGGCACUACGGGGAGGGAGACGGGGACGGCGAGUACUGGGGCGACGUCCACGUCCAAGGGUCUUGCACCGUCGCAGCCUACGGGGUUGACUGCGUCGGUGAUUGGGGCGUUAGGUGUACUUGGAUUGGUGCUGGUGUUGUAA